AUGAGGUACGAUGGAACUCAAGACCCUCUAGAACACCUCACGGCCUUCGAAGCAAGGAUGAAUCUAGAGGGAGUAGGGGACGAGGUGAGGUGCCGAGCCUUUCCGGUAACCCUGGUAGGACCCGCGAUCAGAUGGUUUAACGGCCUCCCGCAAGGGUCCAUCUACGGGUUUUCGGACAUCAGUCGUGCAUUCCUAGCCCAGUUUACAACACGAAUAGCAAAGGCAAAGCACCCGAUCAACCUUCUAGGGGUAACCCAGAGACAGGGAGAGCUGACCAGAAAAUACCUGGAUCGGUUCAACGAUGAAUGCUUGGAAAUCGAUGGCCUAACCGAUUCAGUGGCCAGCCUUUGCCUGAUGAAUGGCCUCCUCAACGAGAACUUUCGAAAACACCUUACCACGAAACCAGUUUGGACGAUGCACGAGAUCCAAACGGUAGCCAAGGAGUAUAUAAACGAUGAGGAAGUCAGCCAAGUCGUGGCUGCCAAUAAACGGCAGUCCGGCUACACCAACCUCGGCAACAAGGUAACGGAGAAAGACUGA